GAGGUUGUGUAUGUUUAGACAAUUUUUUGCCUAAUAAUAAUCCCACAGCCACAGGAAGCUUGUCACGAGGAUGCCAUAGGAGAAAACCCCUGAAUUGCCACAAUAAUGGAUCUUCAUCAGAUGGAUUCCUCAAAUAUUCUGAUAUCAAAUUGCCAGAUACAAAGCAGUCUUGGUAUAAUGAAUCUAUGAGCCUUCAAGAGUGUGAACAAGUUUGCUUCAGGAAUUGCUCUUGUAUGGCUUAUUCCACUCUCAAUAUAAGCAAUGGAGGUAGUGGGUGUUUGAUUUGGUAUGGAGAUUUGGUUGAUAUGAGACCAGUACAGAAUGGGCAAGAUAUGUUCAUCAGAUUGGCUGCUUCUGAAAUGCCAGGGUUAAAAGCAGAACCACAUCAUUCAACCUCAUUCAGGAGGAAAAUAAAAAUCCUUGCGCUUUGUUUGUCGCUGCUGGUUGUAAUAGUUCUUGCUGGGGUGUAUCUUUUCUUGUAUUUCUGCAAAAGAAAAAGGAAAGAACAAAAGUUGGAGCUGGAGCAAGAAUUAGAGCUACCAAUAUUCGGUUGGUCAACAAUAUCAAGAGCUACAAAUAACUUCUCAAAGAUGAACAAAUUAGGUCAAGGUGGAUUUGGAGCUGUGUACAAGGGUGCAUUGGAUGGGGGAGAAGAAAUAGCUGUGAAGAGGCUAUCAAAGAAUUCUAAACAAGGACUUCAGGAAUUCAAGAAUGAACUCAUUUGUAUUGUCAAAUUACAGCAUCGAAAUCUUGUCAAGCUUUUGGGGUGCUGCAUUAGCGGGGAAGAAAAGAUGUUGAUCUAUGAAUACAUGUAUAACAAAAGUUUGGACUUCUUCAUAUUUGACUUUGGCUUGGCUAGGAGUAUAGUAGGAAAUGCAAUGGGAGAUAACACAAAACGAGUUGCUGGAACAGAUGGGUAUAUGUCCCCAGAAUAUGCCGGGCAUGGAAUCUUUUCAGUUAAAUCGGAUGUGUUUAGCUUUGGCAUUUCAGUACUUGAGAUAGUCAGUGGUAGGAGAAAUAAUGAGUGUAAUAACAGUAGCUCAGGUCCAUGGAAUGCAUGGGUAUGGGAAGAUGAGAUCAAGCAAUGGGUGAGUUAUCGUAGCCAACCUGCAGAUAUUUGUGGAACAUAUGGUUUAUGUGGUGGAAAUGGUGUCUGCGACAUACAGCAAUUUCAUGGUUGUAUGGAUUCCUCAAAUAUUCAAAUAUCAAAUUGCCAGAUACAAACCAGUCUUGGUAUAAUGAAUCUAUGA